AUGAAUCCAUGGGAGUCAUGUGCACUUCAGUAUCAAUUUUCCGGCGAAAAUGAUCAAGCCUCUCGCGGAAACGCUGCGUCUUGGCGACAACCUCAAGCUGCCGCUGAUCCCGUCAUGUACCCUGGACUCUACUGUCCCUCCGGCUUCGACAUGAUGAGCAUUCUUCUCCGCGUCGCCGGCAGGCCCAACCCAAAGGUCCAACUCGGCGCCAUCGACUGCUCAGUCGCUCUGUUGCUUUGCGACCUCAAGCAGCCAGACACUCCGAUCGUGUACGCCUCGGAACAUUUCAGCAUCCUCACCGGCUACUCGAACAAGGAAAUCAUCGGCAAGAACUGCCGCUUCCUCCAGGCGCCCGGUGGCAAGGUCAGCAAGAAGUCCACCCGCAAGCACGUCGACAAGAACACCGUCAAGACCAUGCAUACGGCCGUCGAGACGAACGACGAAGUUCAGGUUGAGAUCCUCAACUUCAAGAAGGAUGGAACCCCUUUUGUUAACCUUCUCACCAUGAUCCCCGUCCGCUGGGACUCUGAAGACUUCCGCUACUCCGUCGGCUUCCAGGUGGAGCGGGAGGAUUGA